AUGAGUUCGGAUUUACCAGAACCGGUAACGCAGGGGUACCCGAGUCCCAACCGGCGGCGCAGCUCAGUUGCACCCGGGGGCGGAUGGGGGUUCUGGCGCCGCAAGUCGUCCACUGCACAUCCUCCUCCACCUUCCUCGCCCAUCAGUCCGACUUCGCCAGUGUCUCCAACGACUCCAUCAGCAAUGAGCGAGACGGACGACAAGAGCGUCAAGUCCCGCCGGCGGAACUCGUCAUUCGCAGGCGGCCAGGCUGGCGCCACUUGGUUCCGGUUCCUGCACGCCGCGGGCCUGCGCCCAGGCAACAGGGAUUCGGUCAUCGAGGACGAGCCGCCGUCGCCUACUCGCUCCAAACGUGCUUCACAACCACCACCACCGCCAGACACAUCGAAAGAACAGAACGACACGAACGCCGAGGCCAACGAGACGAAUACGAAAGAUAAGGAAAAGGACACCGAGGACAAAUCGAAAUCGAUCAAGCUCCCUGAGCCUGCUCUACCAGCCAACAUGUCAACAACGCAGACUCAGUCUCACCCGCCGCUCAUCGUCGCCAAUGGUCCCCCGCCUUCAGCGCACGACCACAUCGUCGCCAACUUUGUGCGUCCUGCGCCGGAACGCUCCCAGUCCUCGCCCGCCCUCGGCCUAGGCGCGCAGGCCCAGGCGCUCCCGCCGCUGGCUCCCUCACCAGAACAGCACGAGGUGGAGGAAAGUCGGCCCGUCUCCUCCAUGCUCGACGGCGCUCUGGAGCCGAGCGGAACAAGAGUCACUCGCGCGCUCGGCAGCCAGAUCGAGGCAGUGCUGCAGGCGCAGGAGGAGAUUGGCAAGCGGCACCUGGCGCUCGAGGGGUGGCGAAGCGGGAAGGAGAGCCGCGACAGCAAGGACAGCAAAGAUUCGAAGGACUCGAAGGGGGACAAGAAAGGGGAGAAGGGAGAGAAGGACGGGGAGAAGGAGGAUAAUGGUGAUGAGAGCGCAAGGGAGCUCGAGAAGAGAGCCAAGGGCGUGGAGGACAUCAUGGCGAGGCUCGGCGAACUCUCAGUCGCUCUCAAGACGUACCAUUCUCUCGGUACGCCGUCGCUCGUCUUCCGCUCAAAACCGUCCCCCACACCGCCGGCGGCACCGACGCACCCCCACCCCGAAGACAGGGAGGAGAACGGCUUCGUGCCGCUCUUCCAAUCCCGCUCCCACCAACCACCCCGCAAGCUCGCGAUCCGGACCGACUUAACGGACGACCAGUCUCCAGCCUUAUCACCCACGCACCCGCCGUACGUCACAAUCGCUCGGCCCGGCACCGCCGCGCCGCCCGGCAUCGCACCCAAGACGGCCCGCACGCUGACGCCCGGCACGAUUGGCCCCGGCGCGAUCGGUCCGGGCGGGUUGGUCGGGGGCGAGCGCGCGAUCCUGGUCGGGGAGAAGGGACCCGGCGGACUCGGCGGGCUCGUUGACCCCUCAGAACGCCAAGAGCGCCGCGAGAGGGGCAAAGAUAGGCUCUGGACUCAGGACGAACUGGGUAGCGCACCCGCCACCGCGGGCGGCGUGAGUGGCAUGCCUGGGGGAGGGCAGCGGGGCUCGCCGAGGAAGAUCCCCGGACUGCCGAGACGCAGUGGAAGUGUGCCGGGGUUACUGGGCGGAAUGCCCGUGCAGAGCCCGGAUACGAUGGAGGCGCGGGAUCGGCCGUGGUAA